AACAUGCUACGAGGAGAUAGCGCACUGUUUAUAUUUUUCGUUAGUCGUUAUACUCUCUCAGUUGAGUUCGUGCGUUGCUGUUUUCCGUUAAUUCGGCGUAGGCAGUGCGUUUCUUGUUACGAUUUUUAACGCCGUUUUUAUAUUAAUUUUUUUGCUCCAUGUUUUAUUUUGUAUAGUCGGCGUAAAAGAUUCGUGUUUUUAAUUGCGUAUAUAUUUUAAUUUUUGAUUUUUUUACCAAAGUGAAGUGUUGUGAUCAUUUCAACCCCAUUGGAUAUUUGCUUGUCCAAAGAUUUUAUUAUGGCUAAUAUUGGAGAUAUACAUUUGCCGAUUAAUCGCACUAUUGUAAAGCAAGAAGCGUGUAUCGUUACAAUGGUGACAAAGCGUUUGAUUCACGAUGAUAGAAGUGAUCUGAAAACGUUGCCAUGGCGAGACAUGAGUUCAAUGACGCCUCCGGCCAGCGACGCAGGAAGUAUUAUUGGUAGUAACUGUAGUAUUGCGGGUGACGGUGACGAUGUCGCAAUUUCACAAACCCAGUUUGUCAAAGUUGCGUUCACAGCGAUUUACCAAAAUAAUAACAGUCACCAUAAUGGUCACAAAAAAUUAAACAGAUCACAGUCCGAGCCGAGAGCAAGAUACAAUAAACACAACUCAGGAGGAUCAGCUAGUUUAAGGUAUAAAACUGAACUUUGCCACCCAUUCGAAGAAAACGGCGUAUGCAAAUACGGCGAAAAAUGUCAGUUCGCGCACGGUGUUCACGAGUUGAGGGAUCUAGCCCGUCAUCCUAAGUACAAAACCGAGCUGUGUAGGACGUUCCACGCCGAAGGAUACUGCCCGUACGGUACACGUUGCCACUUUAUUCACGAAGGAUCUACAAAAUCGAAACCGUCGGCGUUGUGCUUCCCGAACAUACCGUCCGCAUCAUCCGUAAAGGAUCUUUCUCUGUCGCCAAGUAGUCUAAGCAGCUUGUCGCCGGCCACCAGUAUGACGGCGUUCGCUUUCGCCGCUGCUGCCCCUAUUAUACAAUUCUCACCGGUAUGUUCGCCUCCACCUUCGCCAACCGAUACGUCAAGAUUGCCAAUUUUCAACGAAAUAUCGGCUCCGACUUUGAGGUCGUUCGGUCGACAAUUCGGCGGUAUCACCGCCUAAUUGGGGGUCAAACCCCAACGAGCGUCUCUCGACGUUAUUUUUUAAGAUUUUUCUUCCUAAGAACAAAAAAAAUUGUUAUUCGCGUGUGUUGUCGAUGUCAUUAUAACUAUAUUUUUGUUGAGUGUAGACUGAUGAUGUGAGAACUGUCUGGUAAGGAAAAUUAUCAUUUUCUUUUCAGAAGGAUUUAAUUUAAUUUGUUAUUGUAUGAAUAUUAUGAAUUGUUUUUAUCCUUUUGUUCUUUCUUCUUGUGCGUAACGUGACGGUAAGACUUACUCUCUAUUAUGGCCGUCGACUAAUUUUUUUUGUUCUACGAUAUUUAUUUUUGAACUUUUGAAUCCAUAUUUUCUCCUUUUUUUUUUCUUUUUCUCUCUCUCUUUUUUUAAUUAUUUAUGUAAACGUUUUUUUUUAUCCUGUAGUAGUUUUGUUAUAUUUUUAGCAUUUUUACCGUAUGAAAUAUCGAUUCUUCAGUAUACCUUUUAAUUAAGAAUUUAUUACCAUAUUUUUAUAUUGACUUUGAAAACGAAAAAUGAGAGAAUUAUGAAAAUUAACUACGUGUCGAGAUUUUUAGACUUACUACGAUUUACUGUAUAAAAUUCCAUUUGUAUAUUCAUUAUUAUUUAUUAUAUUUAUUGUACUUUUAUGUUUUUUACCUAACUUAUUCUGUUUUAUACCUCUUUUCUUUCUUUUUUUCCUUAUAAACGUACAUCUCUUUCUUUUUUUUUCUAUAUUAAUAAUUUAAACGAGAUGAGUUAAUGUAUUUAUAAGAUAACGUGAUUUUUUUUUUCAUUUUACAAUUUGUCGUUUAUUGUACCGCGUUGUGUUUACUGUAAUCAUUUAUCAUCGAAUUUUUUUUCUUGUAAGACGUCUGAUAUUGUAUUGUUUUUUUUCCUCGUUUUAUAUUCAAAUCAUCAUUUUUAUGACUAUAUAGCUAUUAAUUAUUAUCGAUGCAGAAUUACUUAUUCCUUCUUCUUUUUUUUUCUCAAAACACCGUUAAAACGAAUGUUUUUCUAUUUUCGAUUAUCGUAUCUACGUAUAUUGUGUACCAGUAUUGAGUUUAUUUAAGUUAUCGUGUGAUAUUAAUGAAAUUUAAAAUUUAUCGUGUUUUUUAAAUACCAUUACCUAAGCUAAAAAAACAGGGGAAAAUAUUAUUCGAAGGCGACAUAGUUGAUGUUACGCUUGUAUUUUUGAUUUUAUAAUUUGUGCCCGAAUGUAAUUAGUGAAUAUAGUUCGAAAAACCCAGCGAGAAAUGUUUAUAUCUUAAAAGUUGAUUUAUGGGAUGUGAUAUACAAUUAUUUGUGAUCUGAUAUGAGUAAUUGAUCGUUAUGGUUUGAUUUUUUUAGAAAUUAGCCUGAUCAAAGUAUUAUAUACGAUUAGAUUGAUUUAAAUGAAAAAUGUGUACAACGUUUGAUGAGUUUGAUUAGAUUCUGAUCGUAUAUGCAUUGCUUUGAGAUGAUGGUUAAAUUUUUUGAAUCAAACCCUACAUGCUUGAUUAUAAUUUUUAUGUGAUCGGGUAUAAUUGCGUAUAACAUGCCAUGAAUGGGAUUUGAUCGGAUUUAAACUUUUCUCUUUGUCUCUCUGUUGGGAAUGUUAAUUGUUUUCGAUCGAGAUAUCCUCAGUUCGUAUUUUUUUCGUAUUUGUGUCUUUAAUUUGUAUGAUCCUUUAAGUAUGAAUGGUUAGGUUUUUAAGUGUAUCCGAAUUAUUUCCGAUUUGAUUUGAUUUUGACGAUAGAUCAUGUCACUGUUUGAGUGUGUUUUACGACGAUUCGUAAUAUGUGUAAUUUUAAGAUAUGUGAUCUUUUCGAAAUUUCGUUUUAUACAGUUAUUAAUUUUUCGUUUUUGGUUAUUUAUUAUGUAAAAAUAUCAAUCGUUGUUUUUUAUUAUCACAUCGGAACUUUUUUUAAUAAAGAAUUUGUACUUAA